UGUAAGUACCUAACAAUCUCGAUGGCUAAUUCUAGGAAAAUAUGACAUUUGUACUUAAUUUAGUCCACAAAUACAUUUUAUGAAUUAUCAUUCUGAAUCAUGUAUUCUAAAAAAGGAGGAUCGCUUUCCACAUCAGCGAACAAAAUGUCAGCAAGCGGGCCUUCCACGGUAGAUGUCCGUAGCGGCUACACGGAACAUCAACAAGAACAAUACGCCAAAUACUUGAAGAAACUGAAAACAGAAUUUGAAUCACGUUGGUGCAAGAACCGUCAGUACGAAGUAAGCUUUGCAGACUUCCAGCGAAUCAAAACUCUCGGCACAGGUGCAUUCGGCAGGGUCGUUCUACUAAAACAUACAUCUGCCAAUAAAUUCUACGCGAUGAAGAUAUUGGAGAAAGAAAAGAUAGUCAAGAUGAAGCAGAUUGACCACACUCUUUACGAAAAGCGAAUUCUAGAGGCCAUUAGAUUCCCCUUCACUGUGUCAAUGGAGUUUUUCUUCAAAGACAACAGUUAUAUAUACUUUGUGAUGCCGUUUGUAACUGGAGGCGAAAUGUUUACUCAUUUAAGACGAUUAGGAAAGUUUGAUGAGUCGACUUCCAAGUUUUACGCAAGCCAAGUAAUUUUAGCAUUGGAAUAUCUUCAUUUCAAUAACUUAGUAUAUCGUGACUUGAAGCCUGAAAAUAUAUUGAUAGAGAAUAAUGGUUAUUUGAAAAUAACAGAUUUUGGUUUCUGCAAAGUUGUCCAGGGACGAACGUGGACACUUUGCGGUACUCCAGAAUAUUUAGCACCCGAACUAAUCUUGAGUAAGGGAUAUGGAUUUUCUGUAGAUUGGUGGUCUUUUGGCGUUCUAGUCUAUGAGAUGAAUGCUGGAUACCCUCCAUUUUAUGCCAAUGAGCCAAUGAAGACAUACGAGAAAAUUGUAGCUGCUAAAUAUAGAUGCCCGUCGAGUUUCAAUGCUGAUCUAAGAGACUUCCUGAGGAAUACUCUUCAGGUAGACCUUAGUAAAAGAUUUGGUGUCAUGAAGAAUGGGGUUUUGGAUUUUAAGAAUCACAAAUGGCUAGCCUCUAUAGAGUGGGAUGCGAUAUUGAACUGUCGAUGCCUACCACCGUUUGUUCCAAAGCUAAAGAAUCCUGGCGAUACUAGUAAUUUCGAUAGAUACGAAGAAGAAACUAUACACCACGCAUCGAGGUGCAGAUACGAAUCGGAAUUUAUAGAUUUCUAAUUAGUUGAAAACCAACACCUAAAAGCACAAGUAUUGAGGCCACGGAGGGAUUCUUAGUAGC